AGCGCCGUCUGUUUUCAAGCUGGGCGUUUCCUCUCGGCCAACGCUGACAUCGAUGAUCGACCAGCUGGUGCUUGUCCUGACGGCGCUGGGCGCAUUGGGUCAGGGCGUGCCACUAUUGUGGCGCCAAGAUACCAUGCUGGAGAUGGCGGUGAACACGAAGGAGCGGGCGGCCCUGAGCAACUCCGGCUUCGCCCGCUGGUGCCUCAUGGCGCACCAAGGCUGUUUGCAUCUCACCCUGGCUGCCGUCUGUAUCAUCGCUGCUGCUCUUUACGCGGUGCGGGAGCGGUUCUCUCUGCAUAUCCUGCUCUUCGUCUACAACAGCUCGUCCAUCAUCUACCACUACCGCAUGUGGCGCCAGUCUAGAGGUGUGCCCACGUGGUUCGCCGAGGAAAGCUUCUUCUGGAACAACUGCUAUGCCAUUUGCUUCAGUUCCCUGGUGAAUGCCAUCGGCGUGCUGGCCGCAUAUCGCCAACUUUGAGGUCUGCCCAUUGCUUUUUCCUCUCGCAAGCAGAUGAUCAACCUUGCGGCGUGACG